AUGACCGGGCCUUGUACUCUUAUCCGCCUCCCCGACGAGAUCCUAAAGACUAUAUUCGAGUACGGCGCAGAGGAAAACACUAAGCACCUCUCCUUUCAGCGUCAGGUCGUCGCAACUUGCACCAAACUUCGUCGAGUUGCCCGGCAAGACCCACUGCUCUGGAACAAGGUUCAGUUCAUCCCGAAUUCACACUCGGGUGAGCUUGCAGAGCUCUGCUUUGAGCUGUCCUGCUCUGCGCCUCUAGACAUUGUCCUCACUGUCACGCCAGAGAUGCAGCGCCGUAAACCCAACACACUCACCGAAGCUCGCAAUUUUAUCCGCCUCGUGAUCAUAGAGUGUGAUCGGUGGCGGUCUCUUGUUUGCGAGGCACCGCAAACUCUCAUCCCUCUUAUUGAACCUCUAUGGGGGGACGAUGCCGAUCCUUUGGCCCACAACAUGCCACUCUUGGAGAAAGUCUCGAUACAGAAUACGGACCCUCGAUCGGGGAUGCUUCAUCCUACCCAUUCACUGAUCCCCGUUGGAACAUCUCCACUGCGGUCAGUGGCCAUUGCAUACUGGCCAAUUUUCUGGGACCCAUGGUGGCAUACAUCACUAAUGGAACUCUCUCUUGGCCCGUUCGACUCGGAACGACCGGCACCGUCGCUCCAUGAUUUGAUCCGCUUGCUCGGAAAUGUGGCAAAGGGACUUCGAUCGCUCACGCUCAAAGGUCGAUGGUCCGCACAGGACGAGAACGACAAUAUUGAAGUGGUCAACAUAUUUCCAUGUUUGACCACGCUCACCAUCUUCGUGUGGGGGGAAUAUUCUCUAAACUUGCUCAAGAAUUGCGACUUUCCGGCUUUACACACCCUCCAGCUCCAACUAGACGUGAGGAUCGUGCAAUCAGACCACCUAAAGGAUGUUUUAAUGGGCCAAAUAUUACAUGGCAAGAAGCGGGCAUUGUUCGAGUCGGUGAUUCGGCUCGAGCUCGGCAUCCCCGGUGGCCUUGAUGAGGAGAAGAGCCAAACCCUUCGGGAUGCUUUCCCGCAUCUACAGCAAGCAGAGCUGUCGGGGUUCAUGUUCUUGGACACGGAAACCGUGUCCUUCCUCUCCUCUGCCUGGCCGUCAAUAACGAGCCUGUGCUUGCCAGAGGCAGAACUGGCGACAGUUAGAAGGCUCCUCGCUCUCCGCGAAGAGUGUAUGCCUAUGAAGUUGCAAAAACUUCGCCUCCGAGUAGCACGCGGGAUGCUCUUCCGGGAUGACUAUGACUGGAUUGCGAGUCGCGUACGGGAGUGGAUUAUUGAACGGGAGAGAAGUGCCCUCUUCCGCAAUAUAGGGCAAAAACUGCCGGUUUUCAAGAUGAGCUCACUGAGAGCAUCACGAGUCUCAGAGGUCGCCCCUAUUCCAGGGCGUUUUCCGCGACUCAGGCAACUUUAA